AGAAUUAUGUUCGUGUUUUUUUAUUGUUCUAUGCAGUGUGAUCAUACAAAUAUAGGACAAGUUUAUCUCAUCGUAAAAUGAUGUAUUAAGUCUAAACGAAACGCAUGACCGAAAGAAACAUAACCUCGUAAAACAUGUGUGAACCUCUGAAAUGAUUCGAAUGUAUAAUUACGUUCAAAUAAAACAGUGGAACUAUGCAAUCCGAUUGUUUAGUGCUAAGGUAUCUUCUAACCUAAAAGCUCCUGUACAAGCUGAUUUAAUCGGACCGCCUGAUCCGGUUUCGAAUUUAAGGCCGAUCAUUUUUGCAAAAUCUGAGGAUGAAAGCCUGCUAGAAAAAAAAUUCAGAGAAGCCAGAGAAGACACGCAAAUUUGGAAUCAAAAUUUUUGGACGGAACAUAAUAGUACCUUCAUAGAGGAACGUAAGCAAUUUCAAGAAACUCUAAAAGCACAAGGAAAAACGUCAAUUACUGCGGAUGAUAUGUCAGUGUUUUAUAAAGAAUUUUUAGAUAAAAAUUGGCAGAUGCACUUAAAUUAUAAUAUCGCAUGGUAUAAAAGAAAUGUUAAAUUACUAUUCCUUGAGAUCAGAGUAAGAAUAUCUAAAUUAAAAUUUAGAUAAUUUACAGUAUUAAUCAUUAUCAUUAUACAUAGUAUAUUGUACAUAUUUACAAUGUGAAGUUUUAUUUGUAAGUUGUCAGAAGCAGAAUAUAUAUAUUACAAUAUAAAUAAAUACUAGUGAAUAUUUAUUCA